GCCGCCAUCUUGGAGCCACGGCCGAGGAGGGGGCAAGUCGGGGAAAAGAGAGGGAAAAGAGUCAGGAGCGAGGCGGGCGAGGACGAGGGCGAGGGCACGGCAGGGUCCCGGCCGGCCAAAGGAGGCUCGCAGAAGCAGCAGCCCGCCGCCUGACCGCAGCUGGAUUGUGAAGAUUGAGCCAGGAGACCGCCUUAAUUUCAGGAAUUGAUUGGAAAUACACUGGCUCUGCCACUAACAGCCAUGUAACCUUGGAUAUGGAAGAAAGAACCAGCAUUGCCAUGUUGGUGCCAGAGAUUGAAGAACAGGAGGCUGUGUUAACUGCUGAAGGAGUCCUCAGUCCUGCCUCGGAAGUUGACGAACAAAGAAAAGCCAAAGCAGAUCCUUUGGUCCAUGUCAUCCAGAAGUUAAGCAAGAUAGUGGGGCAUGAAAAGUCUCAAAAAUGUCUUCUGAUUGGGAAAAAGCGCCCACGCCCUAGUGUCACACCACGCUGUCUUGAAACCCUAGAGCAUUGUGAGAUUCCAGCUAAAACAACCAAGUCCCCUGCUGCUAAGAUUAGGAAAUCCGAGAUGUCACAAGCAAAUUCCACUGCAGACUCUCUUGCCUCCAUUGAUGGGAAGGCUAUGUCCUACCAGUGUAGCCUUUGUAAGUUCCUGUCCUCAUCCUUCUCUGUGUUGAAAGAGCACAUCAAACAGCACGGGCAGCAGAACGAUGUGAUGCUAAUGUGCUCAGAGUGCCACGUCACCUCCAGAAGCCAGGAGGAACUCGAAGCUCAUGUAGUGAAUGAACAUGAAAACAGUGCCAGUAGCCAAGCCCAGUCCAGCUCCUCCUGCCUGGGAGUCACAGAAAGAAAGAAUGAAACCAUGGUGGACAUCCCAGUGAGCAUGGGUAGUCCACAGACCCAUGCUGUCCAAAGUGCAGCCGCGGCAGAGAUGGGCAAGAGGAAGUGGUAUGCGUACGAGCAGUAUGGCAUGUACCGGUGCUUGUUUUGUAGUUACACCUGCGGCCAGCAGCGGAUGUUGAAGACACAUGCUUGGAAACAUGCAGGGGAAGUUAACUGCUCCUAUCCAAUCUUUGAGAAUGAAAAUGAACCCCUUGGCCUUCUCGCUUCUUCGGUGUCCGCUGCACCUGGUGGGGUCGAUGCAGUCUUCAUUGCUAUUGGGGACAGCGAACUGAGCAUCCACAAUGGGCCAUCUGUACAAGUACAGAUUUGCAGCUCCGAACCACUGUCUUCUUCAUCUCCUUUAGAGGAGAGCACAGAGGAAGGAGUACACCUGAGCCAGUCAGUCACCCUUGACUCUAAUGAGGAGGAGAUGUUGGAGAUGAUGUCUGAUUCUGAGGAGAACCUGUUUGCUGAUAGUUUGCUCUCAUCAGCACAGAAAAUCAUUAGCAGCAGCCCAAACAAAAAAGGGCACGUGAAUGUCAUUGUGGAACGUUUGCCAAGUGCAGAAGAAACCCUCCCGCCAAAACAUUUCCUAAUGAAUACCGAAAUGGAAGAGGGGAAGAGCCUGAGCUCUGCCAAUGCCCAGACUGGGUGUGGAGGUGCAGGAGACAUCUACCAUGCUGAUAAAUGUACUGUUGAUAUUGGGGGCUUGAUCAUCGGCUGGGGCAGCGCAGAGAAGAAAGACAGUGAGCUAAGUAAGGGCCUGGCUGCUGAUGAGAAUGCCCCACCAGGACGGAGAAGGACGAAUUCUGAGUCUCUCAGGCUGCACUCCUUAGCUGCAGAAGCCCUUGUCACCAUGCCAAUAAGAGCUGCCGAACUAACGAGAGCCAGCCUUGGGCACUAUGGGGACAUAAACCUUUUAGAUCCAGAUACUGGACAAAGGCAGGUCAGUGGUCCAUUGACAGCAUACUCAAAAAAAAUCAUGUCUCCUCUUAAGAACUCUUCAGAUGGAUUGGCAAGUUUUAACCAAAGCAGUUCCACUGUAGUAGCACUCCCAGAGGGAAGGCAGGAAUUGUCAGAUGGGCAAGUUAAGACAGGCAUCAGCAUGUCCCUUCUUACUGUAAUAGAAAAACUGAGAGAAAGGACAGACCAGAAUGCGUCAGAUGACGACAUUUUGAAAGAGUUGCAGGACAAUGCCCAGUGUCAGCCCAACAGUGAUGGGAGUUUGUUAGGGUCCAACGUGGUGGAAUACAUCCCAGAUGCCGAGCGGCCCUACCGCUGCCGCCUGUGCCACUACUCAAGUGGCAACAGGGGCUACAUCAAGCAGCACCUACGUGUCCAUCGGCAGAGGCAGCCUUACCAGUGUCCUAUCUGUGAGCACAUAGCUGAGAACAGCAAAGACUUGGAAAGCCACAUGAUCAACCACUGUAAAACCAGAAUCCACCAGUGUAAGCAGUGCAAAAUGUCUUUCCAUUACAAGAGCCAACUGAGGAAUCAUGAGAGAGAACAGCACUUUCUGCCCAACACCUUGUCAGUAGCUUCAAACGAGCCAAGAAUUUCCCGUGAUGCCACUGAUGGAAAGUGUGUUCAGGAAGGGAGCAAGUCUUCAACCCAGAAGCAGUAUAAGUGCGAUGUGUGCGAUUACACAAGUACUACAUAUGUCGGUGUCCGAAACCACAGACGAAUCCAUAACUCAGAUAAGCCAUACAGGUGCUCCUUGUGUGGGUACGUGUGCAGCCACCCCCCUUCUUUGAAGUCACACAUGUGGAAGCACGCAAGUGACCAGAACUACAACUACGAGCAAGUUAACAAGGCCAUCAACGAUGCGAUCUCACAAAGCAGCAGAGUUGUGGGGAAAUCCCCUGGGAAACCCAGCAGUGGAGAGAGAGCUGAUCCUACCACAGGCAGUGCAGAAGACUCGGUGUCAUCCUCAGAGCUGACUUCCCAGCUGCCCAGCCAAGUCAUAGAUGCCAGCGAGCUUCAGAAACUGAGCCCCACGGGCAGUAGCUCUGACAUCUCAGGAAGGAGCUGCACCCUGGCUACACCAGGCACUGAGUACUGUGUGCUGCUCUUCUGCUGUUGCAUCUGUGGCUUCGAGUCGACCAGCAAGGAGAGCCUCCUGGAUCACAUGAAAGAACAUGAGGGGGAGAUUGUCAGCAUCAUCCUGAACAAGGACCAUAGCACAGCCCUCAACGCCAACUAGCUGGGAGCAUGUGGGAGGGACCCUCUGGACUGCAGGUUAACCUCAGUGCUGUCUCCAGCUCACUAGACACAGGGGAGCAUGUGGUGUGAGGAUAUAGAGCUGUGACCCUGUGUGAGCCUCUCUCACCCCUUCUUAGUGUCAAGUGUUUAUUAUUAAAAGCUUACCAUAGUUCAGAAUCUGCAAGCAGAUGAGUUGAGAAGGCCUUGCAGAGCCUAAUGGCCAGCUCUAUAGUGGCCGGAACUCUGGUAGGGAAAGGGUGGUCUCCACUGGGCAGAGCGCUAUGGAAUGGGCAGCAGGGAGAGGGUGGUUUCUAUCUCCAGUGGGCAGCAGGCUGUGGAAUGAGCUUCAUAAAUCAUUUUCCUUGUUGGUAAGAAUUUAUCAAGGACUCAGUGUAGGGUAUGGUCCUUUACUCCCUAAAAAAGAGGGAUUCCAGAUCACAUUUGAGAAGCUAAUUAUUGUUUCAAAUUUACAGUGACUCCCCACAAGAUUCAACCAAAUCUCAUGUUCACAGAAAUGGGUGCCUUGGCAGAGGUUCUAUGCAGUGUGAACACUGAGCGCACUCCUCCUCCACCAGCAGCGACAGUUACCUGACAGCCUCCUCCAGCAACUGAGGACAAAGAUGGUAUUGAAUCACCCGACCAUAAAAAUAACCUGAGCUCCAGGAUAAUGACCUGUGGGGAGGCUGGGUGUGAUUGCAGGCUGGAGGCCAGCCUGGGCUAGCAGUUCUUGGCCUCAUGGGGUUAGAAAGGAGGUCACUUGGAGAAUAAGAGCUGAAAGUCAGAUGCCUCAAAACUAGUACAGCUGUUGAGCUUUUCCCUUCUUAAAGUUUAUUAGUGUAGUUAAAUUUCAGAGAACAAUACAGUAUGACUUCAGACUAUUUCAAUAAGACACAGGUGGACUUCUGAGUUUGAGGCUAACCUGGUUUACAUAGCAAGUUCCAGGAUAGCCAAGGCAUCAAAGUGAGACCCUGUCUCAAAAAAAAAAAAAAAACUGAACAAAAUUUAAAUUGAAAAGUUAAGUAAUAAUUUCAAAAAGGACUCGAGACUUGGCUCAGCAGUUAAGAGCACUGGCUGUUCUACAGGAUCCGGGUUUGAUUCUCUGUAACCAUAUGGUAGUUCACAACCAUCUGUAAUUCUAGUUCCGGGUUAUCUGGUACCCUCUGGCCCUCAUCAGGUACCAGGUCUGCAUGUGGUACAUAGUGAUACACUCUAAAAAACAGAAUUUUGGAGACUUGAGGGUGUGGCUCACAGUCUAGCCACAGAAAACCAACAAAAGCAAUGUCUUGUCAGAAACACCAUCUGGCAAGUGGCUCGUGUGUUUCUAAGAGUCCAUUUGUUAGCAUGCAAGACAUACUGAAAACUCAGAGUCCGUUCGUGCUAAAGUCUCCAUCAUGCAGACGUGACCUCAUGUUUUGUGUCAUAAUUUCAGGGUGAGGCGAACAGGGUGUUGCAGUGUUUGUAGUUCCAGUCUCUUAGGUCCUGUUCCAUUAAAGGAGAUUCUGCAUUGCUGUAAUGUCGGUGUUCUUUACACACCCAGCGUCGAGGGUCAGCUCCCGAAAGAAAAGGGUUGACAAGAUUUACAGCUUUUGUUCCUAAAGUUCAAGUGUCCAGGAAAUGAGUUCCUAGUUUUCAUCUGGCACUGGGAGCUGUUGCAUGAGGCCUGGUAUUGGAAACACUUUCUGAUUCGUUUUAUCUUUUUCCCCCACUCAUUUUGAUGACACUAGAGAAAAUUGGCUAAAACAUUACCACUCUGAUUUGAUUUUCGAUAGCCUUUUUUAUUUCUUUUUUCUUUUUUCUUUUUUCUUUUUUU